GAAUCCUCCGUGAAUGAGAAUUGCACUCGCCGGUGCCGGUGCGAAGCCAAAGGCCAGAUGGUUUGCUCUGCCUUGUCCUGUGGCGAGGACGAGGUCUGCAAGAUCCAGGAUGGCCAGAGGGGCUGUUACCCAGCCAGCACUGCCGUCUGCCACAUCUACGGUGACCCACAUUACAGCACCUUUGAUGGGAAGCUCCAUCACUUCCAGGGCUCCUGCAACUACACAGUGGUGACGGGCUGUGACAAUUCCUCCCUUGGCUUCAGCGUCACCACCCGCAACAAACAUCGCAGCAGCCGGAGCUGGACAGCUCUGAACUCUGUGGCACUGUCCCUCAAGGGCCUCCACAUUGCACUGCGCGAGCACAAGGCAGUCUACAUCAAUGGUGCUCUGGUCUCCCUGCCUGCUUCUCCCACCCCCGGUGUGACCGUUUCCCUGAGCGGCUCCUACGUGCGGGUUGCUACCAAGCUGGGCCUGCAGCUGCAGUUCAAUGGGGACCACGAGCUCCUAGUGAAGGUGUCGGAGAAGUACAAGGGCAAGCUCUGUGGGCUGUGUGGGACGUACACUGGGAGCCAGCAGGAUGACUUCAUGCGACCCGAUGGGGUGGUUGUACCCGACUUCAACGACUUUGGAGCCAGCUGGAUGGUGCCGGAUGAUGAGUGGCCGUGUGACCCAACUAUCAGCCCACCUCCAUCCUGCUCCCCUGCUGAAGAGGAGGCAGCUAACAAGCAGUGUUCAAUCCUCACACACCUCGGUGGCCCGUUCCAGCCAUGCCAUGCAGUUCUGCCACCCAAGACAUACUUGGAGAGCUGUGUCUAUGACCAGUGUGCCACGGGUGGCAGCACGGAGCAGCUCUGCAAUGACCUGGGGGCCUAUGCUGCAGCCUGUGCUGAGGCAGGGGUUGCUCUGGGAGACUGGAGUGCUGGCACUGUCUGUG